AUGGAGAAGAUUAUGAGGAGUGUGCCCCAGACUGUCGCUAAUCUAGAAGCUGAAAGUGCAGCAGCUCAGAUGGCAGUGCUAGAGGUUGCUACCCAGGAGUCGUCCUCUUCAGAGUGGAUUAUUAUAAUGCCCCCCGAAGUUGUGUUAAGGCAGCUAGGAGAAGGAGUCCUUUUCACUCUGAAGAAAAAGUUCAAGGAGAAAAUGGCACAUGUACCAAGUAUGGUUGAUCACACAUGUCCUGGAUGUGGAAAGCUUUUGAAAACACCACAAGGUGUCAUGGCUCACCUAUUAAUAAAGAGAAGAGAACUUGAGGCAGACAACCUAGGCCCUGAACAAGUAGUAUUUGAUGAAGUCAACUUGGAUGAAUAUGUUUACGACCAAGAAAACUAUGACUCAGAUGGGUCAGAAGAUAUAUUUCUCAACAGCUUACAAGAACCAUUCAACAAUUUCCUGAAUGAUCCUGCAAUGCAAGGCAACACCCAGGAUAACUUGAACCCUGACCCAGAGAUGCAGGCUGGCAGUCCCAACUCCCUGCACUUGAAUCCGGAUGAUGAUGAUGAUGAUGAUGAUGAAAGAGUAGUGGAACAAAAUGAGAAUGCUGGCAAGGUUAUAAGGGUGGAUUUGAAUGCUCAUAAUGAAUGGAGGGAGAUUUUUCACCAGUUUCAUCAAAAUGACAAUGAGAUGGACGUUGAUCUUUCAGAUAAUAGAUGGGCUCCAUUUUCCACAAAAUUAGACUGGAAAUUUCUGCACUAUGUUGACACUAUUUGCUGGUUUGGGGCUACAAAUAACUAUAACACAGAAAUGUUUGAACAUUUUCACAUAGACAUGGCCAAGAAUGCAUGGAGAGCAUCAAAUCAUAGAAAUGAGCGUGCACAAAUGACCACCUAG